GCGAAGUGAACAGUCGUCUGUUUCCUGUCUGUAGCUGGGUCCUGUAUGGAAGCCCGUGCGAGGCUGUCCCGGAGACCCCGCGCUGCCUGCACCUCUCGUCUUGGUUGACAUGGACGAUGAAGAUGGCAGGUGCCUGCUAGAUGUCAUUUGUGACCCAGAAGCGCUAAACGAUUUUCUUCAUGGAUUAGACACCCAUUUGGACACUGACGACCUAUUGGAUGGCUCGAGCGAUCCCUCCAGCUCUUUCUUCUCUGGUGCUGGGUGCCACAUUCCAGAGGUCCUGCCCCCAGUCCAGCUGCCGUCCAAUGAGCAGCCAGUCUUGCCCCGGGUCAGUGUGGACCUGGACUUCCUGGAAGAUGAUGUCAUCCUGGGCGGGUCGCCGGGCGGUAGCCGUAGCAACACCAUGGAGCCAUGUGACAUCCUGGGCGGGUCGCCGGGCGGUAGCGGUAGCAACACCAUGGAGCCAUGUGACAUCCUGCAGCAGAGCCUGGCGGAGGCUAACAUUACAGAGCAGAGCCUGCAGGAGGCCGAGGCAGAGCUGGACCUGGGCUCCUUCGACCUCACCAUGCCAGGCCUGACUCAGGUGGUACAGACCCUGCCCUGUACAGACAGCCUGAUUGGGCCUGGAGGGACCGCUGUGGGGGUGGGGCUCCCCAUCUUCCCUGGAACUCCAGACUCCUCCGCCACCCCUCCCCAGGCCACAGCUGACAUGCUGGGCUCGGUGCUGACCCAACAGGGCCUGGAGUUUGGGCCCCAGGUCAUGAACAAGGCCCAGGCCAUCAGUAUGCAGCCGUUCAUGCAGCAGGUAGCAGGCCUGGGUAACGUCACCCUUCAGCCAAUCACCUCCCUUCAGGCUCUACCUAACGGCUGUCAGUCAGGACACCUGGGACUGGGACAGAUACAGGUGAUGGGCCAGCCCACCGUGAUGACUAUGAACCAAUCAGGACAGCCCAUCCUGGCCAAGGGUAUGGGAGGAUACCAGCUGCACCAGCCUGGCCCCGAGGCACAAAGGGCAGGUGGGCAGGGCGGACUGGGAGGGGGACUAAUGAUCCAAGGAGGCAAAGCUACUCUGGGAUCUCCAGUUUUAAACGGCCCGGCGUUGUGCACUAACAGUAGCACCAUCGCUGCUGCUGGAAGCAUGGGUCAACAGAACCAUCCCCAAGGACAGGUCAUGCAGAACCUGAUCAUCCAGCGAACCCCGACCCCCAUCCAGCCCAAACCCCCCCAGGGGGGCACAGCCAUCCAGCCCAAACCCCCCCAGGGGGGCGCAGCCAUCCAGCCCAAACUGUUCAAACAGCAGCAGACCAACACCCUCCAGAACGAUGGCAACAAGGCUCUUGGGGGUCAGGUCCCUGUCUCCGCUGCCCAGAAUGUAGCCUUCCUGACAGGCAAGCCUGGUUCUAACGUGGUCCUGACCUCCCAGGCAGGGGUUUCCCAGCAGGCACUGUUCAAACAGCAGACAGCUCACCACCCUUCUGGGAAAGCGCUCAGUGUCCAUCUGCUCAAUCAGCCCGGCAGCAUCAUACUGGGGGGUCAGAACCACCAGUUCCUCUUGCCGCAGCAGCUAGCCGGGGGUCAGAUACUCACGCAGCACCCUGGGGGCCACAUCAUCACCUCCCAGGGGCCUGGGGGCCAGCUGAUAGCCAAUCAGAUCCUGGCUCAGCACCAGAACAUCAACCUGGGCCAGGUGCUGACGUCUCAGGGCCAUCCUCUGCUCCAGGGCCACAUCCAGCUGCAGCCGGGCCAGAUGGGGGUGGGACAUCAGCUUUUCCAGAUGCCUGUCACCCUCUCCCAGAGCCAGAGCCACCCAGUCACGGGCCACCAGGCCCACACCCUCUCCCAGAGCCAGAGCCACCCAGUCACGGGCCACCAGGCCCACACAGUGAUCCAGGGCAUGCCCUUGCACAACUCCCUGACCAUGCUGAGCCAGGUAGAAGGGUUGAGUCCUGCUGUCAGCCUGCAGCCCGCUCUGCAGCCACAGCCAGGGGGCGUUCCCAGCAGCGGGGUGGGUGGGGCUGCUGCCAUAGCACAGGGCCAGCCUGGGGGGAGUGUGCCGAUGCUGGGGAGUUCUACAGACCAAGCAGCCCACCCUGGACAAGCCCCUCAGCCCUCCUCCAUCCUCUCUAUGCAAGCUGGGCCCUCUGUCUCCAUGGCCAUGUCUGUCCCCUCGUCCUCUCCGGCCUUAUCUGUGUCCACCACACUGGUCCCACACCUAUCCCAGCAGCACAGCCCUGCGAGCAGGGUGCUCUUCACUGGCCACCAGGGCUCCAGCAUGAUCCUCAGCCAGGAACAACUCCAGAUGUUCCUCCAGCAGGACCAGCGACAGACAGAGAAUGACCCCGUCCCCACUAUGUCAGUGGGCGUGCCAGCGUCCGUUAUCGUCAGCAGCAACAGCAGCUUUGGCCAAGCCUCCUCGGGCCAUGACAGCCAAUUAGCUGAGACAGCAGUGGUAAACCAGAUGCCCCAGGCGGGUGGCCAGCAGCAGCAACUGAAGCUCCAGAGCCUGUCCCCCUCCCAGCCCCUGGCCUCCCACACUGCCCUCCCUCUGUCGGACAGCCCCCAGCCCUCCCCUCUCCCCAUGCAUUCCCCCCAGUCCUGGCCACCUUCUCAACCCCAGACCCCCGCCCGAUCCUGUACCCCCUCCUCUCUUCCCCCAAUGUUCAUUAUCCAGAACCAGAUACCAGGCCCCUCCCAGCCGGCCCCACAACAACAACAGAUACACCUUCAGCCCCGGCCCUCCUCCCAGCCUGCUCUCUACCAAUCGGAUGUCCCCCCUCCCUCUCGCUCCCCCAAACCCCCCCACAUCCUCCAGGCCCCUCUGGCAGGGCUCCAGUUCACUGCUAGCCAGGUGGGGGACCCCGGGGGUGAGGUGUUGAAGACCCAGGUCUUAACAGCAGAGCGACAGCACCGUCUGAUUGGUGCUCAGCCCUCUCCACAACAGAAACACCAGAUCCAACAGAACAUUCUACUACAGGCCAAACGGCAGCAGCAAAGCCAGCCCCAACCCCAACAACAUGGUGGUCAACAACAAGACGUGCCUGCUCUUCAGUCGUCUGUGCUGGUCAAGACUCCUGCCACAGCAUCCAAUGACGUGUUGUCAGGAGCUCAAGUGACACAGGGGGGCGUGGCUCAAGCUAACCUUAACCAGUCAGCACACCAGCCUGGUCAACAGUCAGUACACCAGGCUGUGCAGAUGGGGGGGCUGGAGUCAGGUCUGGGUCAGAUGACCUCUACACAGCAGACUUUCAGCCCUGGUCUGGCCUCUCUACAAACACAGACUGCUGCUAUGAAGAUGCCUUUGGGUAUGGCUAAACCCAGCAAGGAAGCCAGGAUGUUGGAGCAGCUGAGGAAGCAGCAGGGCUCAGUCCUCCACCCAGACUACAGCUCUUCCUUCCAGUGUUUUGAAGACACCCUGACCCGCCUGGUGCCUUACCACCUCUACCAGGGCACUGCCACCGCACCACACGACUACCACAGAGGUACGUACACCCUGACCCGGCUGGUGCCUUACCACCUCUACCAGGGCACUGCCACCACACCACACGACUACCACAGAGUGGAUGAUGAGUUUGAGAGGGUUUCCAGCCAGCUCCUGAAGAGAACGCAGGCCAUGCUGGAUAAAUACAGACACCUGCUUUUUGAGGAAUCAACGCGCCUUGGCCCGUCAGCUGAGAUGGUAAUGAUGGACAGGAUGUUUAUUCAAGAGGAGAAGAUCUCUCUGGGACAGGACCGCAUCCUCGCCAGAGACAGACCUGAGGAGUAUGUGGCCAACUCAAGGAUGAUGGAGAUUGAGAGUGGAGCUGCCAACAUGGCCCAGUCCAAGCCUCAGCUCCAGCCCCAGCCUCAGCCCCAUCCUGAGCCUCAGCUCCAGGCUCAGCUCCUGUCCCAGCCUCGUCCUCAGCCCCUGUCCCAGCCUCGUCCUCAGCCCCUGUCCCAGCCCCGACCUCAGCCCCUGUCCCAGCCCCGACCUCAGCCCCGUCCUCAGCCCCGUCCUCAGCCCCUGUCCCAGCCUCAUCCUCAGCCCCUGUCCCAGCCUCAUCCUCAGCCCCUGUCCCAGCCCCAUCCUCAGCCCCUGUCCCAGCCUCAUCCUCAGCCCCUGUCCCAGCCCCAUCCUCAGCCCCUGUCCCAGCCCCAUCCUCAGCCCCUGUCCCAGCCCCAUCCUCAGCCCCUGUCCCAGCCCCGUCCUCAGCCCCUGUCCCAGCCCCAUCCUCAGCCCCUGUCCCAGCCCCGUCCUCGUCCUCAGCCCCAGUGGUUUGAGCCCAGCACCGUAAGGAGUGGUGUUGCCCCUGCUCCAGCCCCAACAGCGAUUCCGGCCCACUUCCCCUCCACCAAGCUGGUGAUAAAGCAGGGAGGAGCAGGGGCGUCUGUCUCCUGGUCCAGCUCCCCAGCUCCUGUGGCCAGGUCGGGGUCAGGGGUCAGACAGACAGCCGACACCCAGAGUCACAGCUCAUCCUUCAGCCGCGCUCCUCCACCUCCCUCCCGUCACUCACCCCACCACCCUUUCUCCUCCUCUCGUCCAGCUGAGGAUGGUGAUCCUCUCCCCCGGAGGACCAGUAAACCCCCCAUGAAGACGUACGCUGCCCGCCCGCGCAUCGGCUUGAAGCUCAAGAUCAAGCAGGAGGCGGGGUUUAGUAAGGUGGUGCAUAACACCGCCCUCGACCCGGUCCACACACCAUCCACACCCCAACCUACCACCCAGCCCCACCUGGCGCCGGCACUCCAUAAAGCCCAAACAGCAGCACUAGCCACGCCACCUUCUAUAACUGUCAUUAGGACUCCUCCCACUAGCUGUAACACAGCCUCCUUAGCAACGGUCUUCAUAGCAACCACACAGGCGACCCCCAGCCCACAGACGGUCACAGCGCCGGCAUCCUCCUCCACGGCUCAGCUGAACGGAGCGUUAGAACAUCACAAUGUGGGUGGAAUCAAGCGUAACCCCGCCUCCACGGCCACUUCCCCUCAGACCACCUGCCGCCUGCCUCUACGGAAGACUUACCGGGAGAACAUCAGCCCCCGCGUCCGACCGGGCGUACCGGGGGGAGGAGGAGACAGUGUCCCGUACCCCCGUCCCUCCCCCUCGCCCCCCAAUUCUCCCCCCCCACCCUCCUCACCCUCUCCUUCAGAGGGGACAGUGAUCGCCAGCUUGAAGCUGGAGAAGAGAGGAGGCAGCCCCAGGGAGGGGGGCUCUCACACAGAGCUCAGCCGGGAGGCCCUGAGGCUGGGGAACUCCUCCUCUCCUGGCCUAGUGCAGGGCAUCACAAACACCCAGCAGCAUCUCUCAGACAGAGAGGAGGAGGAGAGGGGGAGAGAAGGGGAUCAUUGGGACAGAGGGGCGGACAUGGGGAGGUAUAAGAGGGUGAGCAGUAAAAACCACCAGAGGUCAGGUGGCGGCGGGGGGGGUGAUACGUUCAGAAUGGACCAGCAUGCCCCUGGGCCCCCUUCCUCGCCGCCAGACACUUUUUGUUACAGAGACUCAUCACUUCCUGCAAAGCGCUGUAAGUCAGACUCUCCUGUCAUGGACAACGCCUCCUUCUCCUCCGGUUCCCCGCCACACGAUGAGUCUCUUAACGAGCACCUGCAGUGUGCCAUCGACACCAUCCUCAACUUGCAGGGCCAGGCCCAGGGUCCCACGCCGCGCGGGGCCAAAGGGGGCUCCGGCAGGCCACACCACCACCACCACCACAGCCAGCGACCCGCGGCCCCCCAGCCCUCCUCACACACAUACAGACCCUCAGUCUCCUCUUCAUCUUCAUCCUCUCUGGCCCAUCACUCUCAGGUUGGAGGCAGAGGACUGGUACCACAGACUCACAGCAGAUAACACACACAACCGUUGGGACUGAAGAGAGAGGAUUAACUCUCUCACUGCUCUGACAAGCUCGGUCGGCCUCGUUUGUCCAUCUGAAUGUUUACUUUACAAUGCCCACAGUCACUGGAUAGAUGGUGAUGACUUUCUCUGUAAAAAGGUAUGCUUUACUCUGUGGCAGGACCCUCUGCUCUCUCAACUACGCUCAAUCAUCAAUUUGAUUCAUUUGUCUCCAGUUUUGUUGUAUUAUUGAAGGUUUUCCAUUUUUCAUUCCCGCUGUAUUCUUUAGUCAUCAUGUUAUAGCUGCUGCCCGCCUGUCUGUAUAACCAAUAAGACCUGGGUCGUGUUCAGUAGGUAUAAAACAGGAGAAAACUACAGGAACUUGUCCAAUAAUAAGAGAUGUGUUUUUCUGUGACUAAAUGUUUUGCUACGGUUUGCUCUACUGAACAUAAUCAGGGCAGGACUGCAUAGAGCUGCCUAAAGCCUCUCUUCAGUAGGUAAACCACAGAGGAGAGGCUUGUGUCAGCUAUCUCAUCAUCAUUACAGCUCCACGUCUCUUUGUCCAUAUUCUGACUUCUAUCAUCACCACAAAUACACCUUCUGGUCCCAGCUCUUCAGUUCUUCUUAGCUACAUGGUUAGGUUGUGUUUCUUUCAAAUACAUGUUGUAGUAUGGUUAAAUGUUGAGGUGGUUGACUGACUGGUGGUUGACUGACUGGUGGUUGACUGACUGGUGGUUGACUGACUGGUGGUUGACUGACUGGUGGUUGACUGACUGGUGGUUGACUGACUGGUGGUUGACUGACUGGUGGUUGACUGACUGGUUGACUGACUGGUUGACUGACUGGUGGCUGACUGGUGGCUGACCGUCUGGUUGACCGUCUGGUUGACUGACUGGUGGCUGACUGGUGGCUGACCGUCUGGUUGACUGACUGGUGGUUGACUGACUGGUGGCUGACCGUCUGGUUGACUGACUGGUGGCUGACUGACUGGUGGCUGACUGGUGGCUGACUGGUGGCUGACCGUCUGGUUGACUGACUGGUUGACUGACUGGUGGCUGACUGGUGGCUGACCGUCUGGUUGACUGACUGGUGGCUGACUGACUGGUGGCUGACUGGUGGCUGACCGUCUGGUUGACUGACUGGUGGCUGACCGUCUGGUUGACUGACUGGUGGUUGACUGACUGGUGGCUGACUGACUGGUGGCUGACUGGUGGCUGACCGUCUGGUUGACUGACUGGUGGCUGACCGUCUGGUUGACUGUUGAGGCUGCCGCUCUCUUACUGUAAUGACGAUGAGCUGUUGAUGAAACAUGUGAAAUCUCCUUUACAUGUUAAAGCAUGUCCUCUGGUUGUCCUGACCAUGGCUGACUGACUGGUGGCUGACCGUCUGGUUGACUGACUGGUGGCUGACCGUCUGGUUGUCCUGACCAUGGCUGACUGACUGGUGGCUGACCGUCUGGUUGACUGACUGGUGGCUGACCGUCUGGUUGACUGUUGAGGCUGCCGCUCUCUUACUGUAAUGACGAUGAGCUGUUGAUGAAACAUGUAGGUAUGAAAUCUCCUUUACAUUUUAAAGCAUGUCCUCUGGUUGUCCUGACCAUGGCUGACUGACUGGUGGCUGACCGUCUGGUUGACUGACUGGUGGCUGACCGUCUGGUUGUCCUGACCAUGGCUGACUGACUGGUGGCUGACCGUCUGGUUGACUGACUGGUGGCUGACCGUCUGGUUGACUGUUGAGGCUGCCGCUCUCUUACUGUAAUGACGAUGAGCUGUUGAUGAAACAUGUAGGUAUGAAAUCUCCUUUACAUUUUAAAGCAUGUCCUCUGGUUGUCCUGACCAUGGCUGACUGACUGGUGGCUGACCGUCUGGUUGACUGACUGGUGGCUGACCGUCUGGUUGUCCUGACCAUGGCUGACUGACUGGUGGCUGACCGUCUGGUUGACUGACUGGUGGCUGACCGUCUGGUUGACUGUUGAGGCUGCCGCUCUCUUACUGUAAUGACGAUGAGCUGUUGAUGAAACAUGUAGGUAUGAAAUCUCCUUUACAUUUUAAAGCAUGUCCUCUGGUUGUCCUGACCAUGGCUGACUGACUGGUGGCUGACCGUCUGGUUGACUGACUGGUGGCUGACCGUCUGGUUGUCCUGACCAUGGCUGACUGACUGGUGGCUGACCGUCUGGUUGACUGACUGGUGGCUGACCGUCUGGUUGACUGUUGAGGCUGCCGCUCUCUUACUGUAAUGACGAUGAGCUGUUGAUGAAACAUGUAGGUAUGAAAUCUCCUUUACAUUUUAAAGCAUGUCCUCUGGUUGUCCUGACCAUGGCUGACUGACUGGUGGCUGACCGUCUGGUUGACUGACUGGUGGCUGACCGUCUGGUUGUCCUGACCAUGGCUGACUGACUGGUGGCUGACCGUCUGGUUGACUGACUGGUGGCUGACCGUCUGGUUGACUGUUGAGGCUGCCGCUCUCUUACUGUAAUGACGAUGAGCUGUUGAUGAAACAUGUAGGUAUGAAAUCUCCUUUACAUUUUAAAGCAUGUCCUCUGGUUGUCCUGACCAUGGCUGACGUUCAGUAGGCUAGGAUGCAUUUCAGUUAGCAUGGACACAUUUAUCAAAUCUCUUCUUCUCUCACUGUUCAUCCCAGCAUCCUUAUCUUCAAAGCCUGUUGGACAAUUCAAACCCAAGAGCAACAGCAACAUGGACAAACCAACAAUAAUGUACAAAAAAAGAGAAUUUGAAGUAUAGUAUUAGAUUAAUUUUGUAUUGUAUUUAUUGUGUAUAAUGACACUUUUAAAUAAAUAAAUAAAACUGUAAAUUAAA